GUUUCCUUCAGUUUUGAGUCCUCUCUCCAAUUCUUAUUACACUUCCAAAUUCUGUUGUUGUUUUAAUUUUGCCGCGCCCUUUCGCGAUGACGUCUUCUUAUAAACAGAUUCUUUGUUAUAUUUUUUUCAUACACUCUUUUUCAUCUCUCCCUCAGAGUCGGUCGAGUCGAAGAGCAUCAUCAUCUUCAUGCUCAUCGAUAUGAGUGAUGAACAGCUAGAAAUUGCUGAAAUUAGGCUAGCAAAGAGACUAUCUCUCUUCAGAGACUAUGCAUCUGUCCUUCUGGUCGCUAACAAUUGGGAUGAAGAACACAUUGUGCAACAAUGGAAUCUUCCUGUCAAUGCAUUUGCAAGUUUAGUAAUGAAGGAUUGCAGCUUUAUCACAAGAAGGACCAAGUGCCAUUACUGCUUUGCACUUACCACUUGUCAGACAUAUGGAUGUGGGCAUUUGAUUUGUAAUGCAUGUGUGAAAGGCUAUGUUGAAAGAAAGAUCGGUUUGCAUGACAUCAACAUGACAUGUAUGAUUGAUCAUUGUGGAGUAAUGAUGUGCAAGUCUGUCUUCCUUAAUGACGUCUCAGCUGAGUUCCGAACCCAUUUCAAGAACAAUCUACUCACUAGCUACCCGAGCUACAAGUCGUCCUCUCCCUACACUUGUGUUUUCGAAUCAGUUUCCAGCAUGAAAUGGAUCAUCCUAUGCUGUGUUAUCUUUGCUGGUUUAAUCUACCGUGGAACCUGCAAAUUUGAUUUUGGAUUCAGCUUUACAAUGUAACUGCAGUAUGUUCUCCCUCGUUGGUGACAACAUCCGUAAAGACUUAUCUCCCAUGGUAUCAGGACGAUCUCUUCGUCUUGCAGUAUGUUCUCCCUUGUCCUCAGCCUACUUAGUGUAUACUCUGUUUUUAGCUUGAAACCCCUAAUGUUCUGAUGGUUUUGAGUGUGAUGUUACAUUUGCAAAGUAAAAGAAUAUAUAGUACUUACGUUUGAUGUUUGCCAUUGAUGGUGAAUUUGUUCCUGCUGACCCACCAUUAUCUAGAAUCUCUGGAAUCUUGGUGGCAGAUUGUAAAACCAUCUUUGCGUGCAGCACCUGAUCAUUCUCUUCCUUUC